AUGAGGGAUCAGAACGUGGACAGAGGGAAUGAAACUUUGACUGAUUUCCUGCUCCUGGGACUUUUCCCAGAGCUGCCAUACAUCAGCAUCCUCAUCACCUCCAUCCUUCUGCUCUAUGUCGCCGCCGUCGCUGGGAAUGCCACCCUGAUCCUCUUGAUCUGGAGGGACCUCCGCCUCCACACCCCCAUGUACAUACUACUCAGCCAUUUCUCUCUCAUUGACUUGGCCUUAAUUUCCACCACAGUCCCAAAGAUGGCCAUCAACUUUUUCUCUGGGAAGAGAAACAUCUCAAAAGUUGCCUGUGGAACUCAGAUUUUCUUCUUGUUUGCCCUUGGGGGUAGUGAGUGUCUCCUUUUGACCAUGAUGUUCUAUGACCGUUACGUGGCCAUCUGCAACCCACUGAGAUAUACGGUUAUCAUGAACCCCAGAAUCUGCCUGCAGAUGGCCCUAGUGUCCUGGAGUGGAGGUGCCCUAAAUUCCCUCAUCAAUACCAUCUACACCAUGCACUUCCCCUUCUGUGGCUCCAGGGAAAUCCAUUACUUCUUCUGUGAGAUGCCUGCUGUCCUGAAGGUCUCUUGCGAGGACACUUCCUUAUAUGAGAUGGCGGUGUCUGUCAUUUGCAUUGUGUUUGUUCUUCUUCCCUUAGGACUUAUCAUGUCUUCCUACCUGCUCAUCUUCCUCACAGUCCUCCACAUGAAUUCACCAGAGGGCAGGAGGAAAGCCAUGGCCACCUGUUCCUCUCAUUUGGCUGUAAUGAGCCUCUACUAUGGACCAGCCAUGAUUAUUUACAUGACCCCUCACUCCUUUCACACUUCAGAACAGGAAAUACUCUCCAUGAUCAACACCAUCUUCACACCCAUGCUCAACCCUCUUAUUUAUAGUCUGAGGAACAAGGAGGUGCUGGCUGCUCUCAGAAAAUUAAUGGGUAGAGGAUUCUUUCUGAGGUAG